AUGGUCCUGAUCGCUCUGGCCGUGGCCGUCCCGUUACUUCUGCUCCGCGCGCCGGACACCUCUGCGUACCACUACGAGAUGAUGGGCACCUGUCGGAUGGUGUGCGACCCGUACACUCCCAAACCUGGCGCCACAACCAUGGAGGUGAUCCAAAACGGUGUCGCUCCGCAGCCCCCCAUGGCGCAGGGGAGCCGAGGGGAGCCGGGCAGAACGGGGAAAACGGGAGUGAGGGGCACACCGGGAGCACCAGGACCCCCGGGUCCGAGGGGCCCCCCAGGGGAGAGAGGAGUCGGGAAAGUCGCCGCGGUGACCGGAGCUGCCGGUUCUGAUAACGCAGAGUUGGAAAGUGUGAACUCCACGUCCAGCGGAUUCAAGAUCGCUUUCUACGUGGGUCUGAAGAACCCACACGAGGGCUACGAGGUGUUAAAGUUUGACGACGUGAUUACAAACUUGGGGAACCGGUACGACGCGAGCACCGGGAAGUUCACCUGCCAUGUGUCCGGGAUCUAUUUCUUCACCUACCAUGUGCUGAUGCGCGGAGGAGACGGGACCAGCAUGUGGGCCGACCUGUGCAAAAACGGACAGGUCAGAGCCAGCGCCAUCGCUCAGGACGCAGACCAGAACUACGACUACGCCAGCAACAGCGCCGUGCUGCACCUGGACUCUGGAGACGAGAUCUACGUCAAGCUGGACGGAGGCAAAGCUCACGGGGGGAACAACAACAAGUACAGCACCUUCUCCGGCUUCAUCUUAUACCCCGACUAAACACCGGCGGCACAGUAUGGACACUGAGAACUGUUUUCAUUAAAGUAUAUGGUCCAAUGUGUUUCUCUACAUGGGAUUAUCUGUACGUUCUGUUCUGAGACCUUUUGUACAUGUGUUUCAUUUAAGUUCAGCUGUCGUCAGAGUUUGUAUCAGACCUAAAGUGACCGCAUACUAGCUCUGAGCGGAGAAGCCAUCAGAAGUUCCUUUGACACAUUUCAACAACGCUUAAGGGAACAGGCCACAACAGCUGCUCACUCGGUGUAUUAAUGGUGUCUACUAUUUCAGGCUCAGACGGCAAAAUAAAUCAAUUGAAAUGUAGGGAAAAAUCAUUUUGACAGCAUUUAUUCAAAGAGUGGAGUCAAGGCCGGGU